AUGUACGAACUUUCAAUUACCGAUACCAGAUAUAAAUACACAAAAAACAAUAGUUUUAAAAACAAAAGAAAUGACGUAAAAAUUGUGGCUAUCAGAAACUUAGAAUUUGGACAAGAUAUUAAAACCCUCUGCGGACAAACAGCAAUCAUUAAACCUGAAGACAUAAAUGAAGGUGUUAAUGACUUUUCAAUUAUGAGGAGUUCCAAAAAUGGAAGAGAAAUGUUGUUUUUAGAGCCUGCUGCAUACAUCAAUCAUGAUUGCUCCCAAAAUACCCAAUGGGCGCUUCAGGGAGAAUCAACGUGGUAUGCAAAAACAAUAAAACCAAUAUCUGCUGGAGAAGAAAUUACUGUGGACUACGUCGACCAUUUUUUUCGGUUAUAA